GAGCUAUUAUCACCAGGACCUUAUUGUGUAUUUGAGGAAGGAGGAAAUGAGGCGUAGCGUUGCGCUUUAAGGGUGCAAGCGAGAGCAAAGACAAACCGGAUUCAAACAGGUGUCCGGUUGUCUCCCAUCAGAGAGAGGAGGAAGAGAGAAGGUGGCAAAACGGACGGAGGAAUAUUGUGAAUAUUUUUCAUAAAAUAUCGAUCUUAUUAGGCACAUUUUGAGGAGCAAAAAUUGAGGACGCGUUUCUUUUUGCAAACCGUGCGCUCCUUCGGUGCAACCGUGAUGGAGCAGCCAAAUCAGGAGGACCCCGUCUGUUAAAAUCGGAAAUAUCUUGUGUUUAAAGACAGAUAGCCAACCGUGCAUCUCCUCUCUUUCUCUCUCUGUCUCUGAGGAGGAAGAGGAGGUGGUAGAAGAGGGGAGGCGGUGACUGACAUCCCCCACGGGACAGGCCGACCGACCCACGCUUCUAACAGGUGUGUCUGAAGAGGGCAUACCGCUCCAAUCUGCACCGCCCGUCCGGCCGGUCCGUGCCCCCUCCCUCCCUGCCUCCCGGUCCCUUGCUCGUGUCUCAUUGUUCCUGGCGAAAUUGCAUCCAAACAGGGGCUGGUUUUGGAGUUAAAUCGGGCCGUUUUGGCAUCCCCAGUGAGCGCGUAUUCUUUUCUUCUUUCGGUCUCCUCGCACGCAGCUAUCCGUUGGUGCGUAACAGCCGAGAGGAGGAGGUGGAUAUCCAAACGGCUCAUUUUGAGACGUUAAUUUACAAACGGAAGGGACUUUGAGGCUGGUUUGUGUUUUUCUGGAGGAAAUGGAGACGAUUUAAAGGACUGAAGUGGUCGAAGAGGAAGGAGAAAGAAAGAAAGAUUUUGUUUGAUUUAUUUGCACCAGAUUGGCAGGUUUGGACUGAUUUCGCCCCCUGGUGAAGAGGCAGAAAGCCACCGUUGGUGCUGUGGUUUCGGCGACGCUGUGCAGCCAGAACGACCCCACAUCUGAUCUCAAAGUGGGUUUGUUAAAGGACUCUUUCUCUUAAAACAAAGUGCGCCUCGUUUUAUCAUGACAACGAGAAAAGCCAGCAGUGUGGCGGACACGGUGACUACCUCCUCCUCCACCAGCACCAACCACCACCACCACCAACAGAACCAGCCCAGGAGCCGGAGUCCCAGCAGCGGCGCUCCGGCGUCCGAGGCGGCGGGCGGAGGGGCGGAGAUGUUCGGUGAAUUUCAGGACUGGUGCCUGCGGACGUACGGGGACUCCGGCAAGACCAAGACCGUGACCCGGCGUAAAUACAACAAAAUCCUCCAGACGCUGAUCCAGGGGGACGAGGAGAACAGCAACGGAGUGUUCCUGCACGAGAAAGGCAACAACCACAUCAACGCCAAAUUUAAAUUCUGGGUCAAGUCCAAGGGCUUCCAGGUCGGGACGCUGCAGGACGGCAAGCACGGCUCAUCGGACAGACCGGUGCUGUAUGUCCCCAUCAAGGCGACGUGUGUGGACGGUGUAUCAGGGGUCGACUCGUCCCUGAAGCGCGUGGCGGUGGUGGAGGAUUUCUUCGACAUCAUCUAUGCCAUGCACGUGGAGAUCAGCACCGACCCCGGCAAAGCUCCAAAACACGCCGGCCAGAAAAAGACCUACAAAGCUAUAGCCGAGACGUAUGCCUUCCUGCCCAGAGAGGCGGUGACUCGUUUCCUGAUGAGCUGUGGAGAGUGUCAGAAGAGGAUGCACAUCAGCACCACAGGACAGGACUACAAAGAGAACGACAGGCCGAGCUCCCUGGUGCUGGAGGUGAUAGACUACAACAUGCCUCUCACCACCACCUACAUGAAACACAUGAAGCUGCAGUGCAUGAGCAACAACAAGGAUGACAGUUCACUGAGCAGCGAGGAGGAGGCAGAGAUGAGCGAGCCCACAUGGCUAGCAGCUGAUCUGGGAGCAGCGUCCGACCUGAGCCCGCCGAGCCGAGGAGAGAGGAUGCGCCACAGUCCCCAGAACACACACAGCAAGGAGGAUGACGAGGACUCAUCAUCAGAGAGCGGCAGUGGGAACGGCCUGCCUGCCCUGACCCCUCCCUCCUCCGCUGUAACGGACGGUGCCAUCGUCAGGGAAACAGAGGUCGUCAAUGGCAACGGUGGCCCCGCACCGCUGGACUUCAGCACGCCUACUUCCUCCUCCUCAUCGUCCGAGGACCAGCAGCCGAUGAACCUGAGUGACCCUCCCCCUCAGCGCCUGCCCCUGUCCACCUCACACCUGCCCGUCACUGUGUCGGCGGCGGCUGCGGCGCUGCUUGGCGCUCUGCACCCCAACGCGCCUGAGGAGCUCCGGAGGAAGUACCCACUGGCUGCCAAACCUCCCCUGGCUCCACACCCUGCCCUGCCUCUGCCACUGCCGCACACACAUAAUGCACACACUCCCAACACACACUCUCAGUCCCAUACACACACCGCCGAGCUGCGAUUGGACCGAGACAGCAGGGACUAUGGGGGCAAGUCUCCCCAGUACAGUUCAGGUGGCAGCUACGACAGCAUGAAGAUGGACCUGGGUGCUGAGGACCUGACCACGGGGCGUCAUGGCAGCCAGGUCGCCCCUGACGAUGACGACGACGACCAUGACGACCACGACGACAACGACAAGAUCAACGACACAGAGGGAGUCGAUCCCGAGAGACUAAAAGCCUUCAAUAUGUUUGUGCGUCUGUUUGUGGACGAGAACUUGGAUCGGAUGGUUCCCAUCUCCAAACAGCCCAAGGAGAAGAUCCAGGCCAUCAUCGAGUCCUGCAGCAGACAGUUCCCAGAGUUCCAGGAACGCGCCCGCAAGCGCAUCCGCACCUACCUCAAAUCCUGCCGACGCAUGAAGAAGAACGGCAUGGAGACCCGUCCUACUCCACCUCACCUCACCUCAGCCAUGGCUGAAAACAUCCUGGCUGCCGCCUGCGAGAGCGAAUCACGCAACGCUGCAAAGAGGAUGCGCCUCGACGCCCAUUACGAUGAGCAGAUCUCUCUGGACAAGCCGUCCAGCGGUGGAGGGGGUCUGAGGGAGCCAGCGUCCCUCGCUCACUCCGCCUACUCCCUGGCCGCAUCAGCCUUCUCCUCCCAGGACACCCAGCUCUACAUCAACGGAGCCGGCCUCAGCUACGGUUACCGUGGAUACCCGGGCCUGGGCGCUGCCAUGCAACACCCCGUUUCCCUGACAACCGGCGCUGCUGCUCAGAGCAACGGCCCCACAGACCUCAGCAUGAAAUCUAUCUCCUCUGCCAACAUCAGUAACUCCUCCUCCUCUGCCACCACCAACAACAGCCUGGGCGGGCGGGGCAGCGGGGGUGGAGGAGGGGGCGGGGCGUCGACCCAGCUCAGCCAGCCAGAGAUCACGGCCGUGCGUCAGCUGAUCGCCGGCUACCGGGAGUCGGCCGCCUUCCUGCUUCGCUCGGCAGACGAGUUGGAGAACCUCAUCCUGCAGCAGAACUGAUUUGGGGGAAACGUGGGAGAACACACACUCACACACACACACACACACACACACAUAUACACACAUAUACACACACACUUUCCAUUAUGUUCGUUUGUGUCCGUCUGCGUCCCCCCCCCCCCGUCUCUCCUUAUCGACGCUGAACACCCGACCUCCUCUUGUUUUUGCUCUACCCUCCUCAAAUCUGCCUUCUCUUCGGUAACUGUGGCCACUUUUCAUUUUUUGGAGGAGAAAGUGGGAAACUGGGACAGAGGGAGGGAGGGAGAGGAAUCCCACCCCACCAUCCCCAAAACAAUCCCCCACAACCUCAAUCCAUCGAUUCUGCCUGAGGAGGGAAAUAACAUAGAGAAAAAAGGAGCGUUAGGACUCUGGAGGAAUCUUUUCCUCUCCUCUCUGGAAGCACCUCACAAUCAGCGACUACACUCUGAGCGAAGGAGUGUGGAGGAGAGGAAGAAAGGAGGAGGAGAAAAGAGGAGCAUUGCUUGGAAGAAGAGUAAAGGAGACUGCUAGACUGUUCUGCUGCUGUGGUUUCAGAUAAAGAGACUUUGCAUCCUCGUGGGUGGAGAAGUAAAAUUUUGAGUUUCCCUGUGGAGCUCCAACACGAGGAGUUUUGAUUGACGGGUGCCCCGGCCAACGCCGUCUUAUGAUCAGAACAGUUUCAAAGUUAAUGACUCCCUGAUUUGGUACUACUGAAGCUGUUUGUUAAACGACAAGUGUUUUUGAUUUGACUGAAGAUUUAAUUUGUGCUUUUUUUGGGAGUCCAGUGAACUUUCUUUUUUUUCUUCUUUUUUUUUUAACUCUUCCCAAGUGACUGAAAGAAAGAAGCGGCUUGACUUAUCUUAACAGAUAGCACUAAAUACGGAAAAGACUUUGAGUCCAGAGGAUCGACAGGACGGAAACUGGAAAAGAAACGAGAAAAAAAAAAAGGAAUUGUUUGGUUUAAAAAAAAAAAAAAAAAAGGAGAGAAACUUUUUUUGUGCUCGCUUGUAUAUAAGCUCUCUGUGUCCUAUAGCACUUUUCCCUCACCCUGAACCCCCCAUCCUCCUCACCCCUUUUACCCAGGGAGCAACUUGCUACUUAUGCAUCCAAGACGCCAUGUUGACCACCAGGAAAUACCUCAGAUCAGACCUGCCAACUCCAUUUUCAGUUCCUCACACACACAGACACAUAUACACACACACACACACACACACACACGCACACACACAUGCACACACUGCAAGUGAAUGGUAACAUUCCCACCAGAAGCCAGUUUACUUCUACUUUACCACCUGAUGUCUUCAAGGUUUAUAUAUUUUGGGGGGAGAAUCAAACUAUAUUGCGCAACAGACCUGUAAUGUCGGAAGCAUUUCGAGAACUGAUGUUGUAAACUUUUCAGACACUGAAAUCUUUAAACUUUUUCUUUCAUCUGUGCGGGUUCAUUCGUGUGCUGCUGUAUAUAAUCACAUCAUCUUGAAAACUUGAGAAGAAUCAGAGUUGACAGGAGUGUGUUUCUGCGAGAGGGGAUUUUCUCCUUAAAGGGGAGGGAGGGUGUGUGUGUGUGUGUGUGUGUGUGUGGAGGGGAGGGGUUUCCUUGAAUGAGAGGGGGGUUAAAUGUUGAUGACUGGUGGCAAUUUUACCUCCCGCUUCUACUUUUUACAAAUGUAGAUGUAACGCCAACAAAACCUCAGCAUUGUUCUGUUUAUCUCCCCUCCCCUCCCCCUCUUCUUCUUCUCUUCAUUGGACCUACGCUUCACCUCUUCUUUGUGGACCUAAACAUCCUCCUCUUUCUCCUCCCCUCCCUGGUCCGGUCCAGGCUUCAGAGGAAGAGGAGGACUGCUCUGUCUUACUGUGUUUAUCUGUUAAACUCUGAGAUGGCCAUUACUAUUGUUAUUAUUGUUGUUAUUAUUAUUAUUAUUAGUAUGAUUAUAACGAAGAACUUUCAUGUUGCUGCUGCUAUACAAAAACCGGACCUUCUGCCAUAGACCUAAAACCUCAACUAAGCCGGGCGUUAGCUAGCCGCAGUGCCCCGUGAAAACCCGACCGACCAACCGACCUCGACUGCAACUCGACCACAACAAAGCAAAAACAACUCAAAGACCUACAGGAGGACUCGGUGAACACGCUCACACGUCCCGCCUCUCUCAGACCGGUUGGUUGGUUUCUUUGUUUUUGCUUCAUAGGGCUUGAUUCAUGUUGUGUUUCGUGACUUUCUAACUGUGAAUUCUUUCGACCUCGAUUCCUUUCGAUCCCUUCCCGUAUUUUCACCCUCUGGAGGACGCAGGGAGGGAAGUGUUAGCGGAGUCUCUGUGGUGCUCCUCAUCAGGCCAACAAGUACACACUUAAACCGCUCAAGGGAGCAAAAUAGUCCAGUUUAUAACUCUGAUUAACUGUUUAUUUUAUAAUAAAUGUUAGUUUAAUCCAGAAGGAAAGAAAAAGAGACGGCACUAUAUUACUGCAGAUAACUUUAAAGAGGAAAUUAAACCCGUCAUCCUGUCAGGUUUUGGUUUCAGCCAUGUUGAUAUUACACUUUAUGAAGGUAGUUUUUGUUCUCAGAGCUGAAGAUUAUAUUUAUUGGAGACCUGGUUGCUGCUGCAGCCUCUUUAUUAAAGGAAUAGUUUGACAUUUGUGAAAAUAUUCUCAUUACAUUUUCUCACCAAGAGUUAGACAAGAGAUCAAUACCACUUUCUUGUUUGUCUGUUAAAUGUCAAGCUGGAAACAGCAGCUGGUUAGCUUAGCUUAGCACAAAGACUGGAAACUGAGGGAAACAGCUAGCCUGCCUCUGUUCAAAGGUUAAUAAAUCGACCUACCAACACCUCCAAAGCUCACUUAUUAACACGUUUUAUCUCAUGUUUUGAACCGUGGUUAUUUGAAGGACUUUUUUUAACCAUGAGGAGUGGCUUCCUGGUGUUCAGUGAAGGCUGUGACACACUCCCUGACUCCAUCGGAGCUCUGGGGUAUGACACGUGCAAUGCAACUGGAGCUGCGAUGUUUAAUAGGUCCAGACACACCGAACACUGGAAGAGAUAGUUCAGCACAUAACACUGGAUAAAGCUACACCAUGCUGUUUAUACACGUUUCUAUGGAUUAUUUAAAUGAGAUAUAACGUAUUAGUUAGUGAGCUUUAAAGGUGCUGGUAGGCGGUAUUUGUUAGCUACAGACAGAGCCAUGCUAACUGUUUCCCUGUUUUCAGUCUUUGUGCUAAGCUAAGCUAACCAGCUGCAGGUACAGACAUGAGAGUAAUAUUAAUCAUCUCAUCUAAAUCUGCAAAAAACAAAAUGUCAGACUAUUGCUUUAAGGAGUUGUGACGUUGGUAAGGAGCAGCUCUAGUUUCUGUUACCACCACUGAGUUUUGUCUCUUGGUGCAGUUGCUCAAAAAGCUGAAUUGCUCACUCGACACCUGUUCGUACAGACGAGGUUUGAAAAUGAACAAAAAGACAAACGUGACUUAAAUCCUCCCGAGGCAUUGCUCUGUGUGCUGUGCUUCUACUGUGGUUUCUACUCAGUUCGACCGUCGUGUCACCGUGAUUUGCUCCUUUUUUUUGCACACUGAGCGAAGCAACAGUCAUCUGUGAUUUGAAGGUGGGGGGGGGGAGGCUCUCUGUGUGUGUAUGCAUGUUUCCCAGGAGGGACCCCCUCAGACUUGCACUGCUGGUGUCAGACGAGAGCAGAGAAAGAGGUGUGAUGUGUUUUUUUUGCAAUGCAGUUGAUAAUCAAAGCAUUCACUGGUGUUUCGGUGGUUUGUGUCGGCGGCCCGCAGCGACGGUCAGACGGUAAAAUCUGUGUCAUACGCACUGGAUGACGAGCGCUGUCGGGCCACAGAGCAGAGGACACGUGCAAGCCAUUCAUUCAGGAGGUGUGGUCACACAUCGAUUAACACAAACCCUCCAUCCGAACUUUCACUGAUUUACAUUCGUGUGCAAUGUCAGAGCCACCACGUCGAGUUCAGACGAGUUUGAAAUGUUGAAAAUGUAAAUUAUUUAAUUUAUGAUUAGAUGUAGAAGUGUAAAAGUUUUUUGUUCUUUUUCACAAAACGGGAAGCUCUGUUUAAAGUGUACUGAUCACUGAGUGACACAAGAGAAAUAUGCAAAAAAAAAAAUGACCCAACUAGAGGAGACGGAGGAGAGAAGGAGGGGAGGAUGGUGUUGAAACAGUCGGACAUGUUGGAGAACAACCUUUAAGCAACGCUCUUAGAGGUCAUGUGGUGUUUCCACUACAAUUGAAUUUAAUUUAUUUCCCUAAGAGUUUAAAAGAUAUAAUUUAUCCAUCAUUUGAAAUAGAGGAGGAGACCUGCUGAGGUACAAUCAAUUUUCCUCUAAUUUCUCCCCAAUUUUAGUGACUUUAUUUAACUUAAUAUUUAGCGGCAGAUUGAAUAGUUUUAUUUAAAAUAAGGUGGUGUGAUUGCCUUUAUUAAUCUCCCAACAUGGCACUUUUGAUGACACCAGCGGCCCGUCCUUCUGUCCUCCUGCUCAGCCCUCACUGUGCUGUCAGAUACUGCCAAUGUUUUGGUUGAGUCUGCCUGGUUUUCAGUGUCAGGAGAUCCGGCACCUUUGGGACACCCAGAUUUGUCCAGAUGUGCUCAAUGGAGCCCAGAAAGAAUUUUUUAAGGCUGAUCCAAACGCAGCUCUGUCUGAGGGACCAGAGUCACAUACUGCAGAGAAAAACAGUCAAUAAGAACAGGUCAUUUUGAUGAUGUUUGUCCUUUUAUCAGAUAUUUUAUAAUCAAUGUUAAAGAUGGAGGCUGAUGACACGUGCACAAUAACACUCUGUAACAUCUGCUCAGAUAUUUCUCUUUAAAUCAACUCCUCAUUUAAAGGCAGUAACGUGUCACAGAGUUUCUCAAACAGUGAAUAUGUUUGGUGAGUUCGGAAACACUGACUCAAAUAUCUGCCAGAACUCAGCCAGCCGUGCAGACGCUGAGAACAGUUUGUGUCUGUCUGUCAGAGCAGGUGAUGUGACGCUGCUCCCUCGGAUCAAAGCACGAUCCAGCGGGUUUCUAUUUUAACUCACUGGAUUUCAAGAAAAAUUUCAGUCCCAACAUCCUGACUCAGAUUCAGUCUCAACCAAGCAGACUUUCAUUUUACCUCCUUCAGAAAUGGCUGACUGCCAUGCUGAAAACCUUGAAACCUCCAAAAUGUGUUUGUAAGAAAUGAAGGAAAUCUGACCAUCAGAUCAACAGCCAUACAGUCUCUAAGUCAAAGUGUACAAUGGGUUUGAAAUGGUUAAAUGUGGGUCUGUUAUCUGCACUUGAAGAAUGACAUCAAGCCACAGUUUAACGUUAAACACAACUUAACCCGAUAGUCAGGAGACGUUAUGAUCAUUGGACUGUGUUUCAUAUGCUGCAGCUCGGAGCCUAAAAUGAAUCUAAGAGCUGUUUUUGUCCGGUUGUUUUGCUCACACUUGUUCUAAUGAGGUUUAAUCAGUGGGGAAAAAGUAGUUUUAUUCCGUUUAGUUUCCCUGGCAUGAAACAUCAGAGCAGUUUAAGAUUUUCUUUAAAUGGUGAAGAGGCUUUUUAUUGCAGUUCACCCCUCUCCUCCUCCUCCUCCUCCUCCUCCUCCUCCUCCUCCUCCUCGGAGUUUCAUUCUUGAUACUGUCAGCGAAAAACUUCCACCGGGACAAACUGCUUCUUUGAAACAACAUCUAGGGAUGAAUCAUUUUACCAAACACAGCUGAACGACUGAGAGGGUCCCAAAAGGAAACAAAAUAAAAGUGCCCGAGUUGAAUUCUUGGUCAGGCUGUAGCAAACGCAGCUUCACUGAUUUUAGAGUAUUUGAAGUGAUAAUCAAGUAGUCGGUUAGAAGAUGGGCAUGUGGGACUUUUAUCUCAUUGGUUCCUAAGUGUCAAAGUUCUCCGUCAGCCUCAGAAAAGACGUUCUUAAUGUUUUCUACAAGUGUUUCUGAGCCCAGGUCAGUUUACGUCAAAGCCAGACAGCUGCAGAACAGCACCACAAGAAAAACUGUACAAAAAUUUAAAAAAAAAAAGGCAAAUGACAAUCUUUAGAAAGGUGUAAUUUGCUCACUGUUUGAUUUCCAUUCCUUCUGUCCGUCUGUUGUAUCCAGUGGGACAGACCGGGAGAAUAAUCUGAGUGUUUCAGCCGUAAUCAGAGCGUUCGUUCUCCAAAACUCCUCCUGUUGUUGUUGACGUCUCCACUGGCUGAGCAAGCAGCCGACACAUUUCUAUCUGAUUUCUAUUUUUUAGAAUUACAUGAUUAUUAUUAUUAUUAAUGUUCUGAUUCUUCUUAAUAUUAUUAUUUUAUAGAUAUAUUUUGUAGUGCAAGUAAAGUGGUCUUUUUUGGAGAAGAUAUUUUGUACAAUAUUCCAACAGCGUCACUCUGUUUGCCUAAACUGCACAUUCCAAACAUGGAUGUCACCCGACACGGGACCCGACCGGCAUCACCAGAAACACUUAUCAUGUCAUCUACUUGUUCGGCUGUCAAGUUCUGAUUCCAUGACGAAAUCAAACAGCUCUGUGAAAGAUGUAAGAAUUCGAGCCACAUGUCGACCUUUACUGUCCAAUAACUGAAAUCCUCAGUGAGUGUAAAGACCCUCAAAGGUUAUUUUUACACACAGAGGUGGUUUUGAGAUUAAGAUUCUGCAUUGAUCCACUGCGGAAAGGAUUCAGUCUUUUGAGGCUUUGAAAAAGAGCUUUGAGAAAAGGUCACAGUGACUUCCUGACCUCUCAGACUUCACAGAGCUACAGACAUGGUUGCUACAGCUGACAAAGAGUAGCUGAGAACAGAGCAAAUGUCACCUUUCUUACUACAGCACUAAAUUAAAGGUCCAGGUUGCUCUGAUAUAUAUUGAUAUAUAUAUAUAUAUGUACAGAUUCUGUGAACCUGAGACAUGUUGUCUGUUGAGCUUUCAGUCUUCAGUGUAAAAUACUGCACAUUGAAGACAAGUUAAAGUGCUAAAAUCUGACUUGUUUUCUAAAAGGAAAACCCUGAAAUGAAGUAGCUUUUACUCAAAAUGAGCUCAACUUUCUGAAGGUCUUUGAUGACAAAGAAGUCCUAUUCGCUGGAGAUUUAAAGGCCGCGUGUGGAGAAAAAUAUUUUGAAUGUUUCAAACAUUUCUAGGAGGUCAGUCUGUUUGUUAAAAGAGGAUAACAUCAAACUGAAACUACUGUGAGCUUCACUGUAACUGAGCUCAGGAGUCCAAAUUCCCCCAAUGCAAAUGUUAUUUUUUAAUUUUCCCUACAUCAUAUUGAUUCAUUUAACUGUUUGUUUUUUUAUGUUUCUUCUCGUUAUGUGAUGUGAUUCUUAACAUUUCCUGUAGUAUCAUUUUAGUGGGAAAAAAACGCAGUUUUAUUUUAGUUUAACUUAAUUUUUUGCACAUUUAAAAAAUCAUAUUCGGGGGGGAUUUGUGUUCAAUCCUCGGGUCAUUAAUAGGAUAGACAGUUUGAAAACUUUGCUUAUUUGCUUUCUCGUCAAGAGUUAGAUGAGAAGAUCAAUUCCAGUCUUAUGUCUGUAUGUUGAAUAUGAAGCUAUAACUGUUAGCUUAGCUUAGCAUUAAGACUGGAAAUGAGCAAACAGCUAGCCUGGUUCUGUCAAACGUAACAAAAUCUUCCCACCAGCACUUGUAAUGCUGCGUUCACACUACGAGCGACAACACAACAAUGUGACCAGCUACAUUAUUGCAGAGUCGCCACUGAAGUGCUGCUUAAGUGCUCAAUAACGUGGUUAUGUCGUCACACGUAGUGUGAACGCAGCAUAAUGAUCACGGAUAAACAUGUUACUUCUUGUACAAAAACCUAACAGAGAGAAGUGGUUAGAUUUAAAGGAUACUGUUGCAUGCAGCCAGGCUAGCUGUUUACCCCUGUUUCCAGUCUUAAUGCUAAGCUAAGCUAAGCUAUGCUAAUCACCUGCUGGCAGCAACUACAUGUGUACCAAACAGACAUGAGAGUGGUAUCGAUAUACUCAACUUAAAUCUUCAUAAGAAAGUGAUAUUUUGCCAAAAUGUCAAACUAUUCCUUUAAAUCUCUUUAAAAUCCACAAAUAUAAGCGAACACGACCUGAGUGUCCUCUGAGGUAGCUACAGACUCAUCCUUUUUUUUAAGUUUCUGAUCACAUAUCGUUGUGGAUCACAUUCUCAUCCUGCAGAGUUAUUACAUCCAUCGAGAGGAAUCAGAAACUGCUUCAGGGAGGCUUCAGCUGAGCUGUGAUGCCGGUCGGGUCCCUAAAAUAAUCCCACACUUCUUUCACCAGUCUGGUCAGAUGUAUAGCUCAACACACAUGUUGGAAAAAAACAAAAAACAAAGGAGAAAACGUAAUGGACCUUUUUUUAUUUUUCUAUCAGGGUGUACAGCUAUUGUCAAAAUCAAAAAAUGGCUUCCUGAGCCGUUUUGUUUUACUGUUUGUUUUUUAUUUCUGUUCCUUUUGGUGCUUUAGAUUCCUUCAUUUUCUAAUUUCUAGCGAUUCCUUUCUCUUUCUGUCUUCACCUGACUUUGUACCGGACUCUUGAUUGUCUUGAUUUCCUCCGCCGGGGCUUUGUACCUACAGUAAUACCAAUGUGAAACCUGUAUUCUCCUCAUGAUUUGACUCAGUGGAAGUGUGAUGUUUACAUGUACAGAUUUUUGCGAUUCUUUCUGGUUUGUUUUUGUUUCGUUUCAUCUCUCUUAUCCUUCUCCCUCCCCCUCCCCUCUCUUUCUUGCUCUUUCCCCCCCCUCAUCUCAGUUAAUCUGACUCCUUCCUUACACACUGAAGGGAAAUGGGACUGCGUCUAAACACAAUUAUCACCAUUUCACACAUAAGCCUAUCGCACGAGGGGACACGUUGACAUUUUGAAUUUCAGUCGGUCACGUUUCUUCACCAGACUCCUGCUUAGAUUUUUUUGUUUCUUAGCAUCCUUUUAAAAAUGCCUUGUUAGCAUUCAGUUAGCAUCUGCGCUAAAGAUGCACUUUGUUUCGUUGAGGAAUGCUAACAGCUAGUUUGUGUGUGAUUAUCAGUUUAAUCAGAAUUUAAUUUUCGUGCUUUGGUGAAGAAACGUCAUGCAACUGAAAUUAAAAAGCGUCCCCGGACGAAACCGAUUGUUUGGGAGGGGGGGAGUCGAGCUGUGUGUUUGAUUGGCUCAGGGGGGUUGACCUUUGACCUCUCAGCUAACUCCACAGCACACUAAAUCACAGUGGGGCCACAACGACCCUCCACUGGUGUGACCACGAUCCGGUGGAGAUGAUUCCUCAGUGAAUGAUAAGCCAUGACAGACCCUGUGUGUCGGGUCUCUUAGUCUAUUAGUAUAUUUAGCAAAACUUUAAACUGCAGAAGACAAAACUCAACCUCAGGAAGAAAAAAAAAGGACAUCACUUUUGUAAAAACACGUCUAACUGAAGGCCCAUUUCCCUCUCUCUUUGAUACCAUAUAAAUUAUAUCAAAAAUUCUUUUUAUAUUUAUUGUGUUUAUUAUUAUAUAUAACAGUGGAUACCUUUUUUCCAGUACCUGUGGCUAAAUAUUUUGAUUCUUUAGAAAAGUGUUGAUAAUAUAUGUGAAGCAACUUAAACGAUCGAGGAAAAAAAAAAAAAAGAAAAGAAAUCUAGGGUUAUUAUUUUUUUCUGUUUGUUGACUACGUUGGAGCGGUACGGGCGUGUUUGUUUUAGCCCAACAACGAGAACAUAUCACUCUGGUCCAUGACAAAGAAACCAAUGAUCGAAAAACUGAGCUUUCUUUUGUGUGAUGUCACUGCUAAGGCUGAAAUGUUUCUGGACUUAAAAAAAUUGUGACCAUUUAGUUUUGUUUUUUUGUUUUCUCCCGAGCUGUACGUCACAAAGCUAAAUAUACUAAUAAAACGGUGUGCU